UAAACAAAUUCCCCAGAAAUACUUUCUCCGAAAAGAAGACAUUCGAUCUUUUCUUUCUUCAUCUUCUCAGAAAGAAAUGAGUAGAAUAAUGUCGAAUUCUGAGAAGGAGGCGUUGUUUAUGAUACUACAGGCUCUCUAUGAAGUGCAUUAUGAAAAGACUGCUCACAAGUUUGAGCAAGAAUCUGGUAUUUUCUUUAACAUCGAGUAUUUCGAAAAUGAAUUACGAAAUGGCAAUUGGGAUCAAGUUGAGAAUUACCUUCUUGUUUUACUGAGUUAACCAGCAAUCAACACUCGGUUAAGCUUUUCUUUGAAAUUAGGAAACAAAGGUACUUGGAGGCAUUAGACAGGAAGCAAACUGAAAAGGCUAUGGAUAUGCUGGUAAAGGACUUGAAGGUUUUUAAGACAUUUGACGAAAAGGUGUAUUCGGAUAUGACCGGACUCUUGGGAUUGGCGAACUUCAGGGAAAAUGAGCUCCUUAAGAUGUAUGUCGAUGAAAAUUUCUACACAUGCAAUUUUGUUCGAUGCAGCCAAGGAUUUGAUUCAAGCUAAUCCACUUUUCAAGGACAAGUUGGAAUUUCCUAUUCUUGUGGAGUCGAGACUAGAAUCUCUCUAUAACCAGAGCUUGAUUAGGCAGAUCCUCCCUCCUCAACAGGAGGAGAACCUGAUGUCCAAUCCCUUUCCAUUGAGACUCGUCCCUCAACUGGAGGAGAAUCUGAAGUCCAAUCCCUUUGGAUUAAGACCCGUCACUGCAAGUUAUGCAUAUCGUAACAUACAAAACAAUGAAGGUGUAGCUUCAUUCGCGAAAUAUCAGAACUCUGAGAAUGCAUGGCUUAAACUGGCCAAGGCAGCUGAUGAGGUCACUAUUACCGGUAUCAGUGAAAUUAAGGAACAGGGUCAAUGUUGAUCUUUGCGUCUUCCUGAUAAAUUGAAAUGUAACAAGAUAUCAAGGUUGAUGUAUGCUAAUUCAGGUCGUUCUAUAUUAGCGCUAGCAUCAAACGCCAUGCAUCUUCUUUGGAAAUGGGAGAAAACUGAGGCGUCAGCCAGUGUUUGCCCUGAAAUAUGGGAACCGAGAAGUGGUAAGCUGAUGGUGAAUGACUUAGAAGAUGUUACCAAUAAAGAAACUGAGCCUUGUUUCUGUAUGUCGAAUAAUGAAGUUCAUCUGAUUUCAACAUCGGGUGGAAAGAUUUCUGUCUUCUCAACGGCAACAUUUGAGAGAUUGAGUGCAUUCAUGCCCCCACCACCUGCGUGUACUUGUCUCAUUUUCUACCCCGAAGACAACAACAUAUUGAUUAUCGGCGCAGAGGAUUCAAACAUCAUGAUAUAUGAUCUCCGUAAAAAUGCGAUUAUUGAAACUCUUAAAGGUCACUUGAAGAAAAUCACAGGUUUGGCAUAUUCUAAAGAACUGAAAGUGCUAGUUUCAUUGGUUGCAGAGACUCAAAUUUGUGUGUGGAAAUGCGAUACAUGGGAUAAGCAGAACACAGCAGCCUUGCAAAUUCCAGCUGGGAGAAAUUCUGCUUCAGCUAUUGGUGUACAAUAUCAGAAUGAUCAGAUUCAUUUCCUUGUGGUGCAUCAAAUGCACCUUGCUAUAUACGAAACAGCAAUCUUGAAGCGUGUUAAACAGUGGGUUGUGCCUAAAUCUUCUGCGCAUAUCACUGAUGCAACAUUGUCCAGCAAAAGUGAAAUGAUAUUUGCCAGUUUUCUUGAUGCAACCAUUUUAAUUUUUGGAGUUGCAAACCUUCAACCUGUGUGGCGCAUUCAACCAUCUGCAUAUCUCCAUGCAAUUUCGAGCCCCAAUGUUUACCCGACUGCGAUUGAUGCUCAUCCAACAAAGAAUCAGUUUGCAUUAGGACUGUCAGAUGGUGGUGUUUGUGUCAUAGAGCCCCUUCGCUCAUAGUACAAAAAUAGGUAACCACUACUGCAGUACCAGCUGUUAAUAAUGUAUGUAUCUCAAUGUCCGCGAUCAUUCUUAAUGGAAG